AGGGGCUGCAGGCGCUGGGCGUGCACUGGUGCAAGCUGAGUUCAUAUGUGCUACCCACACCUUCCCAUCCCUCCUCACCCCUCCCCAACCUUCCCCACCCAUCUUCACCACUUUCCAUCGCUUCCCACCUCUGUGUUCUCUUGAACUUUCAGACCUGUGGAGUUCGGAAGACCACGAAGCAAUCGAGGGGCUGCAGGCGCUGGUCACUGGUGCCGCUCAGUCUGAGGCAAUAAACCUGUGGAGUUCUGAAGACUACAAAGCAAUAGAGGGGCUGCAGGCUCUGGGGGUGCACCGGUGCAAGCUGAAGGAGAUAGCCGACGCCACCCAGGGGUUCAAGACGCCGCUGGGGGAGGGCGGAUACGGACAGGUGUACCGAGGAGUGCUCAAAAAUGGAGAGGUGGUGGCAGUGAAACGAGCCAAGGGGCAUGUGAAGGCGGGCGAGCAGCUGCUGGUGCAUGAGUUCAUCGAGCGAGGGACGUUGGAGGAUAUGCUGAGACCCAACUCAAAGCACCAGUUGACAUGGCGGCAGCGAGUCAACAUUGCAUGUGGGGCAGCCAGUGGGUUUGCGUACCUGCACCAUCAGAUCAAGCCCCCUAUUAUCCACCGCGAUGUCAAGACGGCCAACAUCCUCAUCACAGCAGGCCUCGAGGCCAAGGUGGCCGACUUUGGUAUUUCCAAGGCUGUGCCUGAGGAGGCGGAGGGCGGGGGGAGGCUGGAGACGCAAGUGAAAGGCACGGUGGGCUAUUUGGACCCACAAUAUUUCCAGAGCGACCUGCUAACUGAGAAGAGCGACGUCUACAGCUUCGGCAUCGUGCUGCUAGAGCUCGCCACUGGCCUCCGCCCGGGGGGAGCAGUGGGUGGAGGAGCAGGGGGGGGAGCAGGGGGGGGAAGGGGGGGAGGAGAAGGGGGAACAGAGGGCGGAGGGGAAGGGAGAGGUGGUGGGGGAGGUGGAAAGGUGGGGAUGAGUGAGGGGAAGGCAAUGGAGGAGACGUGUGGGAGUGAGGCCUUGGAGGAAACGUUUGAGUGGUUUGUGCGGCUGGCAAUGCGGUGUAGCUUGAAGCAGGUUCAGAACCGACCUGACAUGCAGCAGGUUUUGAAGGAGUUGGAAGGGAUUAAGAGGCGGUUGAACUGGGUUUCUGCUUCCCGUGCUGCUGGUGCUGGUGAUGCUGGUGGCUUUGCUGCUCCUGGUGGUGCUGCUGCUACCGGUGUUGCUGAUGUUGGUGGUGGUGAUAGUGACACGCGUGAGAAUGGCGAAGGGUACAAUAUGGAAGGGGAGCCUGUGUGUGCGUCCAAGUCACAAACGAGUGACAGGUUCUGGAAGGAAAUAGCUGCAGCGGCGUCAGGAGGGGCUGCAAGGGAGGAUUGGGGUGAGGAGGAUGAGGAUGAGGAGGUUUCGUGGUAUGAGGAGCGAAUGAAGCUGCAAGGAGGGAAGGGUGGGACGUCGAGCAGCGGUGGGGAUGGGUUGAGUCCGACAAUGACGUUCAGUGGGAGUGUGCAUAAAAGAGACGUGAAUCCCCGGUGA